UCAGUCAUCACUCCCAAAGCCAUGCUGAACUUUGCAACUAGGAAUAAGGACAUUUCCUACAAUGGAUGUGCCGUUCAAAUGUUCUUCUUCUCUCUCUUUGGGACGACUGAGUGUUUCUUUUUGGCUGCCAUGGCGUACGACAGGUUCAGGGCCAUCUGCAAUCCUCUGCUUUACCAUGCUACCAUGUCCAAAAAGAUCUGUGCCCUUCUGGUGGCUGUUUCAUACUUCUUUGGCUUUCUAAAUUGUUGCACACAGACAGGCUUCACUUUCAGUUUGCCUUAUUGCCAGUCAAGUGAGGUCAACCAAUUCUUUUGCGAUGUCCCAGCUGUGAUGCAGGCCUCUUAUGCAGACACUUUUGUCAAUCAAAUUGUACUCCUUGCAAUGUGUGGGUUGAUCAUAGUUGUGACAGCGGCAAUUGUCCUCAUCUCCUACGGCUAUAUUGUUGCUACCAUCCUGCGCAUACCAUCUGUUCAAGGGAGACACAAGGCCUUCUCAACGUGUACUUCUCAUAUCCUGGCUGUAACCUUGUUCUAUGGGACAGCCUUCUUUAUGUAUGGCCAACCUGGGGCCAUGGCUUCUCCUAACCAAGGCAAAAUAGUAUCUGUCUUUUACACCAUUGUCAUUCCAAUGCUGAACCCACUAAUAUACAGCCUGAGGAACAAAGAAGUCAAAGAUGCCUUAGGAAGACAACUAAAAAAGAUGCAUUUUUUCCAGUAG